AUGACCUCCACCACGAGACUUCUCCUCCCUGUGCUGGGCCUAGCCCUGCUCUGCGACCUCCUUCAUGCCACCUUGUCCAAGUCAGAUGCCAAGAAAGCUGCCUCAAAAACGCUGCUGGAGAAGACGCAGCUUGCAGACAGGCCUGUGCAGGAGCGUGCCCUGGUGAGCACAGACCCCCGGGCUGAGGACGUGGUCCAGGAGCACCGCAGCUACUGUGCAGCUCAGGCCAGGGAGCGCUACUUCACUGGGCCUGUGCUGGGCUACAUCACCCCGUGGAACAGCCACGGCUAUGAUGUUGCCAAGACAUUCGGGAACAAGUUCACGCAGGUGUCACCGGUCUGGCUGCAGCUAAAGAGACGUGGCCGGGAGAUGUUUGAGGUCACAGGCCUCCAUGAUGUGGACCAAGGGUGGAUGCGGGUGGUCCGGAAGAAUGCCAGGGGCCUGCACAUCGUGCCUCGGCUUUUGUUUGAGGACUGGACAUAUGACGACUUCAGGAGUGUCCUAGACGAUGAGGAUGAGAUCGAAGAGCUCAGCAAGGCCUUGGUCCAGGUCGCGAAGAACCAGCACUUUGACGGCUUCGUGGUGGAGGUCUGGAGCCAGCUGCUUGGCCAGAAGCAGGCGGGCCUUGUCCAUAUGCUCACCCAUGUUGCUGAGGCCCUGCACCAGGCCCGACUGCUGGCCAUCCUGGUCAUACCGCCAUCGGUCACACCAGGGACCCACCAGCUGGGCAUGUUCACGCACAAGGAGCUGGAGCAGCUGGCGCCGGUGCUGGACGGCUUCAGCCUGAUGACCUAUGACUACUCCAGUGCACAGCAGCCUGGCCCCAAUGCCCCUCUGUCCUGGGUCCGAGCCUGUGUCCAGAUCCUAGACCCCAAGUCCAAGUGGCGAAGUAAGAUCCUGCUGGGACUUAACUUCUACGGCAUGGACUACUCGACGUCCAGGGACGCCCGUGAGCCCGUGGUCGGCUCCAGGUAUAUCCAGAUGCUGAAGGAGCACCGGCCACAACUCGUGUGGGACAGCCAAGCCGCUGAGCACGUGUUUGAGUACAAGAAGAGCCGUGGCGGGAGGCAUGUUGUCUUCUACCCAACACUGAAGUCCAUCCAGGUGCGGCUGGACCUGGCCCGGGAGCUGGGCGUCGGCAUCUCCAUCUGGGAGCUGGGCCAGGGCCUGGACUACUUCUACGACCUGCUGUGA